GCCCUUACCUCAAAACCUUUUGCCUUUAAAGCCAGAAAUUGGGAGCUAAAGGGCACAGAAAGCAUUGAUGUGACUGAUGCCGUUGGUUCUAACAUUCGAAUUGAUAGUAGAGGUCCGGAGGUCAUGCGUGUUGUACCGCGAUUAAACGAGGACAUCAACGAGGAAUGGAUAUCAGACAAAACACGAUUCUUUUAUGAUGGUCUGAAGAGGCAAAGACUGAAUGACCCCAUGAUCCGUGGUGCUGAUGGACGAUUUAAGGCAGUGAGUUGGCGAGAUGCCCUAGCUAUUGUUGCUGAAGUCAUGCAUCAAAUUAAGCCAGAGGAAAUUGUCGGUGUUGCAGGAAAGCUGUCUGAUGCUGAAUCCAUGAUGGCACUGAAAGAUCUUUUGAACAAAAUGGGGUCAGACAACAUCUUUUGUGAAGGGAAUGGCAAGCAACCAAAUGCUGACCUUCGUUCUGGAUACAUUAUGAAUACCAGCAUCAGUGGCUUGGAGAAAGCAGAUGUUUUCCUCUUGGUUGGAACCCAGGUAAAUGUUUGUAAGCAUUUGGUUGGUUUAAUUUUGCAAGGUUAGUUGUCUGAUAUUUUA